AUGUCUGAAUACCUCUCAGCCAAAAUGCUGAUGCUUCAGCUCUUAACUGAGCAGAAGGACCAGGUAAAGCAGCGGCGCACACUCAAGCUCAAUCAACUUGCGUUAUCUCACCCAAAAUUAUCCAUGUCCGAGGUGAUUGAAUGUGUACACGAAUUUCUUUACUCAUUCCAACCGCCAUUAGAACUCGAACGACUAUCGUUACAGGGCAAUAAUCUCGAGAGUUUGCCCCUAAACUUUGCUAUCAUUGCCAAUAACAUCAAAUAUUUGGAUCUUCAGAACAACAAACUUGCGGAUCUCCCUCGAUCUGUUACCAGAGCCACUGGGUUGGAAAUUCUUGAUCUUUCGAAAAAUCGAAUUUCCUACCUUCCCAAGCAAGAGUUGUUGAAAUUGACAUCUCUUCGAGUGCUUUCACUCAAGGAAAACAACCUCACGGUAUUACCGCCAGCACUUGGCGAAUUACCCCUCUUGCACCUUAUCGAGGUGGCUGAUAAUCCCCUCCAGUAUCCACCCAUGGAUGUGAUCCGGGUGUACCAAAAGCACUCCACCGACCUUGAGUGGGUUCUGGAACUCAAAAGUUAUCUCGUAGCCAACGCUGCUAUGCUAGAAGCAAAAUUAAAGGAAGUGGAACCCAAGCCCAUCUUGCAAAAUGCACCCCCUGCCAUUAGCCGAUCCAAAAGCAUAUCCGAAACCAGGACAAAAGCAUCCAAGGCAGCAAGAAGAAUGGGUCUAAUAAUACGAAAACCAGACGCUGGGCCUGAAGAUCGUGAACAUUCAAAUGAAACUACUGAUACCCUGUUUGAUUCGGACCUCUCAUCUUUAAGUUUACCAUUUCCAACUGCCGAUUCUUUCCCGCUGAAGACUUCACCCGUGCCAGCUACGACCACUGCAACGACAGCAAUGCCCAAAACUUCGGUUUCUUCAACCUCAUCACCAUCUACAACGCCCCGUCCUGGGUCAAGAGGUAGGUCUAGAUCGAAUACUUUGAAGGAGAUAGACAUAAUUCUCGAGAAAAAUGAAACGGUUGAUACAGAGCAUAAGUCUGGGGCUUAUUUUAGACGCCUUUCGACGUUACAGGAGCUCCCAGCUGACGAAUUGGCAUUAAAAAAUUUCCAUUCUGCGUCUUUGAGUGGUCCCUCGAGAACAUAUAGAGAGUCCACCGACCCACAGAAGAAAGCAGAAGCUGUCAACGAAACUAAUGAACAAAGCAGCAUCCCCAAAAUCGAUACGUCACUGGCGAGAAAAGAUUUCAAGACAGAAAUGCCAACGUAUAACGUUUCGGCAAUGAUAAAAGUUUCCAGAAAAGUUCUCUUUUCGUUUUCAGAACUUCACUCUUCGGUGAGGCGGUUUACUGGUUUUUGCGUGGACAAGAAGGUAACGAUGAAAAUGGUAACACACUUGUUCACCGCAAAAGCCAACAUUGACACUUUGGUGGAGGACUUGGAAACCGUGGAAGAAACAGGAAAUAGUAACGAGCUGAUUGUGCGAUCGUUGCGGUCUUCAAUUUCUUCCAUUAAAGCUAUGAUGUCACUUCUUAGUGAUAACUUCCCGCUCUUUGUUGCCAAGAUCGAUGUUUGUUUUGUUCGAAUGCUCUACCUAACUUUGUUUGGGUCCUUCAAUGAGCUUUUGAAUGCAUACCGCUUAGUCCCAUCAUCACCCAAAAUUGCUGCUUCUACCGAAACAAGACCAAAGCAAUUAACAAUUAACACUACCCUUGCUAACGAGCUCGAUGAGGUUGACGGACAAUUAUACAACUCUAUAGAACAUGCUACCGCCAAUGCUCAAACGGUGUUUGGAGAACUUACUCGGGCGAUGAGUAAGAGUGCCAUCGCAAGUGCACAGAAUCCCAGUGGUGUGGGUUUCAACCCGACAUUGACAGCGAAGGUGAAGGACUUGACCAAUGUCUGCGUUGCAUCGAUGGACAUUACCAAGAAGCUCAAGACAAAGUUGAUAACCAUCAGAAACAAUCCGUCGCAAACGACAAAAAAGCUCUUUUGGGACGAUAUCAAUUUAUUCUUGAAAAUGAUUAUACAAACAUUUUCCUCGGUUAAAGGAAUCAUGAGAGAAAUGCCAAUCCUCAACGACAUAAGGAGCUCAAUGGCUACGCUUACAAAGGCUACCAAGGAUGUGACAGUUCUUCUCGAAGCGUCAUCAUACAAGUUGAUGUCACAAGAAGGGAACGUCCUGUCGUCUUCUCAUCCUCCUUUACAGUCAAUGCCCAGUGUCUCCAACAUCUUCACUCCAUUAACAGCACAUCCUUCUCUGACAGGCCACUCUCUCUCGCAAGUGAAUUUGGUGCAAGCGGGCCAAAAUGCAGCUUCAACUCGAGCCAUAGGUGCAACUUUAGGCACGGCAUCCCAGUCGAUGAUUCCUCCAGCUGCUAACCAUGAGGUCACCACGAGCAGUCCAUUGGCUAGUCCUGGUGCCAUUACCGGGGGUGCAAGCAUGACAGCACCUGCCAACUCGUCUGGACUGUACUACGCACGAAUCGGGAUGAAUCCGUUUGAUGGUUUGAUUAUGGCCACGAGACGAGAAAAUGAACAGAUGGAGUCUGAGCGCCGAGAUAGCGACAGGGAUAAAUGA